AUGCCAUCCAAAUCACUCAUCCAAUCCUCUCUUCUUCUCAUCUACAUCAUCAUUGCCUGCACCACUUUCCUCACUUCGCUUCCAUCUGUCGUUGCGCCCGUGUAUGAGCCAGCCUGCAAUUCAACUUGCUACCAAUUGGAAUGGAUUGUUGGACAUUGGAGAAGCGAAUUUUCAGGAAAGGUCUUUUGGCCAACAGUUCCCACGAUGACUUUCGGCGAGGAUCUCAAAAUCAUGGAAGCUCCAUUGGCAAGGAGCGCCAAUGUACAAUUCUUGAACUUUUCCGCUCGAGCUUGGUCCCACUCAACAAAGGAUCAUUUCCACGAUGAAUGGGGCUUCGUUACAGUGGACCCAACUGGAAAUGCCACGUUGAUGACUUCGGGGAACAAUGGUUUCACAACUUAUGAAGUUGGGCACGUCUCGCACAACAAAUUGGUUUUAACAUUGAAAGAUAUUGGGAGAAUUUCGUUCUCGAGAGAUCUCCCGGUGGAAGAUCUUCGACGAACAUUUAUCCGACAUGAUGAUCGCUUUUUGGAACAAGUCAUCGAAAUGAGAACAGCAACACAUCCAAAAAUUGGCUACUUGGAGCACACACGGGUCGUCUACACAAAACAAGAUUCU